AUGAACACAAAACAGCUGAUGUGUUCGUUAGUGGUGGCCGCAGUGCUUCUGGCGAGUGCGCCGGUAGCAAACGCCCAAUACUACGAUAAUGACAGAUAUGGCGGAAACUAUGGCUACCCUGGCAACUAUAGCUAUGACGGCAACUAUGGCUACCCCGGCAAGUAUGGCGGCCUCGGAAACUAUGGCGGUUAUGACAACUAUUAUGGUGGAUGGUUAGGCAAACUCCUCGGAGGGGGAGGAAAAGGCAAAUGGGGCAAAUAUGGAUAUGGCAAAUAA